AUGGCGGCCUUGGGCCCCGGAGUCUACGCGCGGAACGACGCGGCCCAGAAACUGUCGUCCGUCACGGCGGGGAUUCCGGCGCGGAGGGGCCAGUCCUCCCCGCCCCCCGCCCCACCGCUCUGCCUCCGGCGGCGGACACGACUCACGGCGGCGCCGGAGGACGCGGUGCAGAGCCGGGUGUCGCUCGAGAAGGUGCUUGGCAUCACGGCCCAGAACAGCAGCGGCCUAACCUGUGACCCUGGCACAGGCCACGUGGCCUACUCAGCCGGCUGUGUGGUGGUGAUUUUGGACCCCAAGGAGAACAGACAGCAGCACAUCAUCAAUACUGCCAGGAAGUCUCUGAGUGCUCUAGCCUUCUCACCUGACGGGAAGUACAUAGUGACAGGGGAGAAUGGACACCGGCCUGCUGUGCGCAUCUGGGACGUGGACGAGAAGAGCCAGGUGGCGGAGAUGCUGGGCCACAAGUAUGGCGUGGCCUGUGUGGCCUUCUCACCCGACCUGAAGCACGUCGUGUCCAUGGGCUACCAGCAUGACAUGGUGCUCAGUGUCUGGGACUGGAAGAAAGACAUUGUGGUGGCCUCCAACAAGGUGUCCUGCAGGGUCAUGGCCCUCUCCUUCUCAGAGGACAGCAGCUACUUUGUCACCGUCGGGAACCGGCACGUGAGGUUCUGGUUUUUGGAAGCCUCCACGGAAGCGAAGGUCACAGGCACGGUGCCCCUGGUGGGGCGCUCGGGCAUCCUGGGUGAGCUGCAUAAUAAUGUCUUCUGUGGUGUGGCCUGUGGCCGGGGCCAGAUGGCGGGUAGUACCUUCUGCGUGUCCUGUUCGGGCCUCCUCUGCCAGUUCAACGAGAAGAGGGUGCUGGAAAAGUGGAUCAACCUGAAGGUCUCCCUGUCUUCUUGCCUCUGUGUCAGCCAGGAACUCAUCUUCUGUGGCUGCACAGACGGGAUAGUCCGCAUCUUCCAGGCCCACAGUCUGCACUACCUCGCCAACCUGCCCAAGCCUCACUACCUCGGGGUGGACGUGGCACAGGGCCUGGAGCCCAGCUUCCUCUUCCGCAGGAAGGCAGAAGCAGUCUACCCAGACACGGUGGCGCUGACCUUUGACCCCACCCACCAGUGGCUGUCCUGUGUGUAUAAAGAUCACAGCAUCUACAUCUGGGACGUCCAGGACAUCAACAAAGUGAGCAAGGUGUGGUCAGAGCUGUUCCAUAGCUCCUACGUCUGGGACGUGGAGGUGUAUCCUGAGUUUGAAGAUCAGAGAGCUUGUCUGCCAUCAGGAUCUUUUCUGACUUGUUCUUCAGACAACACCAUUCGCUUCUGGAACACAGAUAGCAGCCCUGACUCUCACUGGCAGAAAAACAUCUUCAGUAAUACCCUUCUGAAGGUAGUGUAUGUGGAGAAUGACAUCCAGCACCUGCAGGACACGUCACACUUCCCAGACCGGGGAAGCGAAAACGGGACGCCCAUGGAUGUGAAAGCCGGCGUGCGCGUUAUGCAGGUCAGUCCUGAUGGCCAGCACCUGGCUUCAGGCGACCGAAGUGGAAAUCUGAGGAUCCACGAGCUGCACUUCAUGGAUGAGCUGCUCAAGGUGGAGGCCCAUGACGCUGAGGUGCUGUGCCUGGAGUACUCCAAGCCUGAGACAGGGCUGACCCUGCUGGCCUCAGCGAGCCGGGACCGGCUGAUCCACGUGCUGAACGUGGAGAAGAACUACAACCUGGAGCAGACCCUGGACGACCACUCCUCCUCCAUCACGGCUAUCAAGUUUGCUGGCAACAGAGACAUCCAGAUGAUCAGCUGUGGGGCCGACAAGAGCAUCUACUUUCGCAGUGCCCAGCGGGCCUCGGACGGACUACACUUUGUGCGGACCCACCACGUGGCCGAGAAGACCACUUUGUAUGACAUGGACAUCGACAUCACCCAGAAGUAUGUGGCCGUAGCCUGCCAGGACCGUAACGUGAGAGUCUACAACACGGUGAGCGGGAAGCAGAGGAAGUGCUACAAGGGCUCCCAGGGCGACGAGGGGGCCCUGCUGAAGGUCCACGUGGACCCCUCAGGCACCUUCCUGGCCACGAGCUGCUCCGACAAAAGCAUCUCAGUGAUUGACUUUUACUCGGGCGAGUGCGUCGCCAAGAUGUUUGGCCAUUCAGAAAUCGUCACUGGCAUGAAGUUCACCUACGACUGCCGCCACCUGAUCACCGUGUCCGGGGACAGCUGCGUGUUCAUCUGGCAGCUGGGCCCGGAGAUCACAACCUGCAUGAAGCAGCACCUGCUGGAGAUAGACCGCCGGGAGCAACAGCAGAACAUGAAGGACGGGCACUGGAGCAGCCAUGCCAGGCAGGAGACCUGUGUGUCCGUGCCCAGUGAGGCCCGCUCCCUAAGCCCUGGAGAGCAGACAGAGGACGAGCUGGAGGAAGAGUGUGAACCUGGGGAGAUGCUGAAGACACCAUCCAAAGAGAGCUUGGAGCCAGAUCCUCGGUGCCUGCUGACCAAUGGCAAGCUGCCGCUCUGGGCAAAACGGCUGCUCGGAGAUGACGACGUGGCAGAUGUCUCAGCCUUCCAUGCCAAGCGCAGCUACCAGCCACACGGCCGCUGGGCAGAGCGGGCCGACCAGGAGCCCCUCAAGACCAUCCUGGACACCGGGGACCUGGACUGCUACUUCAGCCCCAUGAAGCCUGAGAGCCUGGAGGACUCUGUCCUGGACACAGUGGAGCCGCAGAGCCUGGUGGGCCUGCUAAGCGAGUCAGAGCGUCCCCAGGAGAGCGGCUGUGGGCACCCUUCCUUUCUGCCCCUACAGAGGGGCUCUGAGGCCAAGGAGCUCGUCACCUACUCCCUGGAAGCAGCAGUGACGGUCAUGGGCACAGACAGCCAGUACUGCGCCUGCAAGGUAGCUGAGGGGCCUGCGGACCAGCAAGAUGACUCCUACCUCAGGAUCUCCUCCUCUGGCUCCAAGGCCCAGAGCCUACCUGAGGACUCGGGGGAGUCAGAGACAGACUUGGAGUGCAGCUUCGCCACCGUCCAGUCCUCCCCUCCACGGCCUGACCCAGACCCUCGGUUCGACGUGACGGUUCCCCACACACCAGGAUGCCCGGGGCCUGCCGAGGAAGAGGUGGCCCCGCCAGAGGGGCCCGGCCUGCCCAGCAGCUCCCUGCCCCAGACCCCGGAGCAGGAGAAGUUCCUCCGCCACCACUUCGAGACGCUCAGCGACGCCCAUCCUGAGGAGCUCUUCCACAGGUCCCUGAGAGACGUGAAGGCCUCCGAGGCUGAGGACUUCUUCCUCAAUCCCCGGCUAAGCAUCUCAGCCCAGUUCCUCUCACGCCUCCAGAAGAAACCCAGGUUCACCCACACUUUCCCUCCCCAGCUGCCCCUGCACCUCGUGAAGUCCACGGAGGUCAAUCCCACGGACCAAGGGGAGAGCCAGCCCAGAGCAGAGCUCCUGAGAGCAGGUCCUGGCUACGCCUCCCCACACCAGACCAACGGCCUUUCAGGGGGGAAGGCUGAGGAGCUCCUUGAGACCCUGGAGGCCUGGCGCCCGCUGACCCCGCACCUCGCAGGCCUGGUGCCCUGUGUCCCCUCAUUAGUGCUGCCCACGGACAGGAAGCCCCCGCCACCCGCAUUGGUACCCACCCCAGGCCUGGCUCAGGGUGUCUGCGUCCCCUCCACCCACUCCUACAUGGAAGCCACGGCCAGCUCCCGUGCCAAGAUGUCACGCAGCACCUCCCUCAGGGACCGUGCUGGCCCUGUCCCGGCUGAGCUGGCCGGGCCCCUCUGCAGACCCUCCUCCAUGGGGGAGCUGGCCUCUCUGGGCCAGGAGCUCCAGGCUGCCACCACCACGGCAGCCCCCAGCUCCGGCAGUGAGGGCCGGGAGCCUGCGCUGCGCCCCCGGGGCAACCAUGAGGCCCGAGCCAGCCUGAGACUGACGCUGUCGAGCGUCUAUGACAGCUUCCUGCUGCCCCCGUCCCCAGUGGAGGCAUCCAGCACACACGCCCGCUCCCAGGAGCCCGUGGCCACCCAGCCCUGUGCCGCAGUCACAGCAGCCAGCCUCCUGGCCCCCAGCCCCGUGAACACGAGCGCCCUAAGGCUUCCCGACCCCUCCUUUCUCCCAAGGCUGCCUGCCCCUCAGCCCCUCAACCCUCCCGCCCACCUCAGUAUCUCCCAGCUUCCGGAGAGCAGGCCAGGAAUGCCCGGAAGCACUGCCGCCUUCCUGGAGCCCACUCCUGAUGCGCUCAGUCUGCUCCGGAGCAGCCCUGGACGCUGGGAGGAACCCGGGCUACCAGCUGGGGUCCUGCCCCCAACGCCCCUUGAGCUGAGCGGCAUGACGACCACUGUGCACAGGCUGCAGACUGCCUUCCGAGAAGCCCUUGACCUUUACCUUGUGCUGCUCUCCAGCGGCCAGGUCAGCGCCGAGCAGCAGCAGGCCCGGACUGAGCUGGCCUCCACCUUCCUUUGGAUCCACAGCCAGCUGGAGGCCAACUGGCUGGGUGGGACAGAGAUGGCCCCAGCCCAGGCCCUGCCCAGCCCAGGCCCCCCCUCCCCACCUACACUCUGCCCCCUGCCCAGCCCAGGCCCCGCCUCCCCACCUACACUCUGUCCCCUGGCCAGCCCAGAUUUGCGGGCCCUGCUGGAACACUACUCAGAGCUGCUGGUCCAGACCGUGCGGAGGAAGGCAGGCGGGGACUGA